CGAAGACACUGCCUUGCACGAGGCGGUGCGGUUUAACCACCUAGAAGUGGUGAAGUUACUGACCAAAGAAGACCCCGAGUUCGUGUACCCUGCUAACAAAGCGGAUAUGCAGCUUAUUACCAAGGUCCUAAUUGUUCAACUGCUUUACACGGCGCUGUCAUAUCCAACGAUGAAAAAAUGACAAGGAAACUACUGGAGAAGCAUAAGAGUAUGACACAACAAGUAGAUGAACAAGGAUGGACUCCGCUUCACUUGGCUGCAUUCACGGGUCACAGUACGAUCGCGAGAUUGUUACUAGAAUGUGAUACAUCUGCUGCCUACAUUCGUGACAAAAAUAAGAAGCGUACGCCUCUUCAUCUUGCAGCCUCCCAAGGCCGUGUGGACGUGAUGAAAGAGAUUGUUUUUCGAUGCCCUGAUUGUUGCGAGCUGGUGGACUACAAACGUCAAAAUGUUCUUCACUAUGCUAUUCAGAAACACCAACUUCAAGUAGAAAGAUUUGUUCGAAAAGAUCCGUGGCUUAGUCACGUACUUUUGAAUGGGAAGGAUGUUGGCAGAAACACGCCCCUCCAUGACAUUGCUUCUUCUCCUUACAAGGAAGCCACUGAUUUCAUAAGUGAUGACAGAGUUGAUAAGAUGGCAUUCAACAAGGAAAACUUAAACGCUAUCAACAUCAUCGAGAAGAAUAAUAGGUCCUCACCAUGGAAGAGAAUUCUCAGAACGGAAAUGGAAGAGAUAGGUGCUUAUCGUGGUUAUCGUAUUCCAAAUCCUGACGAAGAUGGGGGGAGGAAACUAGUCCAUGUAAACAAAAAUGACAAUGACCUUAGAGACAAUGUAUUAAACAAGAAAGACCUCAAAGACAAGGAAAUAAAAGAGUCUCAUUUGGUAGUGUCUGCACUGAUAUCAACAGUAACCUUUGCUGCCGGCUUCACCGUGCCGGGUGGUUAUGUGAGUGAAAAAGGACCAAACCAGGGUCUUGCGGUUCUAUCAAGAAAUGCAGCUUUCAAGGCAUUUGUGAUAACAAACACAUUAGCCAUGAGUCUGUCCAGUUGUGCAAUCAUGGUACGUUUUUUCUUAUCGCUGAAAGGGCAACAUGGAUCAAAGUCGUUGUCUAUGGCGAUAAGCUGCACCUUUUACGCGCUGAUUGCGAUGGUGGCUGCGUUCCUCACCGGUGUAUAUGCAGUAUUAGGUGGUCAUGUUUCAUUAGGACUUGCCGUCGCCGCUUGUGUGCUAGGCACUGUCUUCUUCUCGGUUUUAGGUUUUGUCUCUAUUUCUCCCGCUUUCAUUACUUUCCGCAAACGUGCACAUCGCUUCUUUGUCUGGAUUGUUUAUUUGUCUGGAUUGUUAAACAGCUCGGAUUGCGGUAUUAUUUUUUGUACUGAUCGAACAUAUAUGUAACAACCAUUACCAGAAACAGGGGAGGCAAUUGGAUUAUUGU